UGAUAACGGAACGACAUAUUUCCACAGUAACGUCUUCACCUUACACAUUGUUCAGCUGUAAGAAUGAAGAUUUUCUUGGUACUCUUCGCAGCUCUUGCUGUCCUUUACAUUGCGGCUGGCCAAAAUAAUGGCGAAUUUUUUUGCGAAUUGGGGGUUACAUAUAUCGAAAAUUUUUGCAAUGAAUGUAUUUGUGAUCACGGUAACCUAAGGUGCACUGAUAUGGUUUGUUCAUGGUCUGACGAGUAUAGGAACUGUACAGUGGAAAUGGAAACGAUCUCCGAAUGCCAUACCUGUCACUGCGUUGUCGGCUGGGGGCUACUUUGUACAAAUCGCGAUUGCAACACAACGGCGACUCCAAUCCACUAUGCUACGGAACCUGAGGGAGUACCAAUGAAUCCUACCAAGGGGUGCGAAGAGAAUAAGUCCGUAGUAAUCGAAGAAUCAAAGGCGUUUUAGGGCUUUUUGAUCUGUUACACUCAUACUGGCAC